GUCCGAGUCACUCCGCCAUGGACCGUGCAGCCGUGCUGAUGCUCGCCACCCUUCUCUUGGCCCCCUCGCUCGCCCAACGCGGUGGUCCCUUGCACCGCCCUGAUGACUCAUGUCCCCCCUGCGACCCUUCGACCUGCGCGUCCAAGAAUUGCCCGGCCGGCGAAUUCCUGCCCGGCCCUUGCACCUGUUGCCCGUCGUGCGCCCUCGAGGAGGGAAGUUCCUGCUUCAACAAGUCCAUUCAGGCGCUUCCACCCCCGCCCCCUGGAAAGGUCAUCGCCCCCUGCGGAGAGAACCUCGAGUGCCUGCUCAGGAAGGACCUCCAUCCAAGGGACGUUCCUGAGGCGCUGUGCACGUGCAAGCAGAAGGAGGCGGUUUGCGGCACCAACGACCUGACCUACGAGAACAUUUGCCAGCUGAGGGAAGCGGCCGUGCGCGGAAACUACCGCGGCGGUGCCCUCGCCACCAAGAACUGGGGCCGCUGCAAAUCCCUGCCCGAAAUCACUGGUCCUCCCGACGACACGUACGGCCCUUUGUCCAACGAGUUGGCCCUGGGCUGCGAGGCCAAGGGCAACCCCAUCCCCGACGUCCACUGGGAGUUCCGGCCAGAAAACCACGCAAACAAGAGAAACCUGCCAAGCGACGACCAGUCGGUUUCGGUGCAGGUUCGAGGAGGCCCCGACUCGUACAUGGUCACGUCCUGGGUGCAGAUCAUCAACCUGCAGGUCAACUACACAGGCACGUACACCUGCGUCGCAACAAACGAGAUUGGCACCACCAGGGCCGACGCCAAAGUUGGAGUUUACACGCCAUAAAAAUGAUUUUUGGCACCCUACACGUCUCAAACUAUAGGAAGGAGGAAGAUUAUAUUUUCAGCUAAAGAUGAUUGAAAGUUUUAGAGAGAUAAUUUGUAUAGAUUUUUGUAUUUUUACAAUUUUACAUCACACUUAAAUGUACUAACACAAUUAUUACAUUUUUUAAAUUUGCGUUUGAAGUAAAAAACAAUAAAAUAGAUUAUGUUUUAAAAUACAAGA